AUGUACAUAUUUCCCGGAUUAGGAUUAGGUGCCAUCCUUGCACAAGCAAAAAAAAUCACCGACAAACAAAUAUAUGCUGCAGCAUCAGCAUUAGCAAACUCGGUAUCACCUAAGGAGAAAGCAGAAGGACGACUUCUUUAUCCCGAUUUAAAACGUAUCAGACGUGUAUCAGCUGAGGUUGCAGCAGCUGUAAUUAUGGAAGCGGUAGAGGAAGGAUUAGCGUCAAACAAAGAAAUUUUAUCACCUGGUUUUCAACAUUUAUUAAAUAAUACUACAGAGUCAAAAGAAAAAUUAAUAAGCUUUGUUGAAAGCAAUAUGUGGGACACUACUGAUAAUAAAUUCUUUGAUGCUA